GAAAGAAGCCCAUAUACAGAGACAGAGAGAGAGAGAGAGAGAGAGAGAGAGAGAGAGAGAAACAAACUCAUACAGAGAGAGAGAGUUAGAGAGAGAGAGUCGCUCUCACUUCGCAGCUGAUCGACACACGAAGUCAGCAGUUGGACCGGCUGCAUGAGGACACGGUGGUGUGGUCAUGUCUGGAUUCUUUCUGCCUGUGCUGUUGCUCCUCCCCCUGGUGGCCUCUGUCCCCUCCCCCUCCAGGUUGCCACCUAAAUACUGCCGCAGGUGCUGUGAUCACCUGGAGCCGCCCCUCAGCCCCUCCUCCCGCCCUGUGACCUAUCAGGCGCCAGAGGUUCGCACCUUCAUUAACAUGACCAUUCUCAAAGGAGAUAAAGGAGAUCGAGGUGAGAGGGGUACUCCUGGAAAGAGUGGAGCUGAUGGACCUCCAGGGUCCAGAGGGGCUGUGGGCCCUAAAGGCAGCAAAGGCCAGGCAGGAGCACCUGGAGACCCCUGCAAGACCCAACACUCCGCCUUCUCAGUGGGCCGCCGGAAGGCCCUCCACAGCGUGGAUUACUACCAGGCGAUGCUCUUCGACACCGUCUUCGUCAACACCGGCGAACACUUCAACAUGUUCAAGGGCAAGUUUUACUGCUACGUGCCGGGCGUCUACUUUUUCAACAUCAACAUCCACACCUGGAACUUCAAGGAGACGUACCUGCACCUGAUGCACAACGAGCGCGAGCAGGUGAUCCUGUACGCCCAGCCCAGCGACCGUUCCAUCAUGCAGAGCCAGAGCGUCAUGCUGAACCUGGAGCUCAACGACGAGGUGUGGGUGCGCCUCUACAAGCGCGAGCGUGAGAAUGCCAUCUACAGCGACGACGUGGACAUCUACAUCACCUUCAACGGCUACCUGGUGGCUCCAACGGUUUAGAAACGGCCUCAAACAAAUUGAUUUCCAAAUGUCCAAAGUGGAUUAAGGUUUCUUUCAGGUUCUCUCAGGGAAGAUGUGUGGAUGGUGUUCUCUGGAGAAGACGCAAACAAUACCAUGCUAGGUCUUUCAUUACGUACAUUUAGCCAUAAUGACAGAAUUUUAUGAACAUAUUGGUGCUGAACAGGGUUGACUUGUCAAGAAUUGGUAUGGGUGCGCUGUUGUCGUACCUUUGACCUGCAACCUCUUGUUAUGUAAAAUUCAGUUUGGUGAGUUGCCUCAGAAGGCUAGAAUAAGUUUUAUAGCUGUGUUAUAUAGAAUUGGUUGGCUGCAGAGCAGCCUUGCUAACUUAUCAAGGAGUAAAACUUAGGAAAUGUACAGAACAAAGCACAACAUUUUAUACAAGUCCAACUCUUGGGAAAUGGAACCCAUGCAUUAUCUCUUCUGUACUGUCUUUUAGACUGUUCCUCAGUACUGGUGAACCAGAUGGGGUCUGUUUUUACCUCCCUCACAGGGAGGGUCACUGGAAAAUAUUCCAGACUUGAGUACUUGACCACCACAUUUGCUGUGUCUGGAAGCAGCCCAGUUUGAGCAAGAGCAUAAUUUUGUUGGUGAUGCCAGCUGGAAGGGCCCCCUCACUGCCAUUAACAGCAAUUUCAUAAUGACAGGAGUGACAGAACUCAGCCGAGAACCACAAACUGACCUAGCCCUGCUGGCUGGCCCUGUGACAUAUUUAGUUGGCCCAAUACUAUGUCACCUUGUGAAAAAAUGAAAAAUUUAUAAAUGCCCCAUGUGUUAACAUGCUGUGAGAUUCAACACAAUUUUGCACUUAAUUAUGAUUAAUGGCUUAA